AUUCGUGUAGAGUGACGGUGGCCGCGGCGGGUCAAGGCGGGGUAGACGGCCGCGGUGGUGCUGGCUUUGAUUAGCCUUCCGUGGCGGUGGCUGGGUUGCCAUCAUGGAGACGCUCUACCGGGUGCCGUUCGCGGUGCUCCAGUGCCCCAACAUCAAGCUGAAGCGGCCGAGCUGGGUGCACACGCCCUCAGCUAUGACCGUCUACGCGCUGGUGGUGGUGUCCUACUUCCUCAUCACCGGAGGAAUAAUCUAUGACGUGAUUGUAGAACCUCCCAGUGUUGGGUCUAUGACAGAUGAACAUGGACAUCAGAGACCAGUGGCCUUCUUGGCAUACAGAGUAAAUGGACAGUAUAUUAUGGAAGGACUCGCAUCCAGCUUCCUCUUCACAAUGGGAGGCUUAGGCUUCAUAAUUCUGGACCGAUCCAAUGCACCAAAUAUCCCAAAGCUCAAUAGAUUUCUGUUGCUUUUUAUUGGAUUUGUCAGCGUCCUGUUGAGCUUCUUCAUGGCAAGAGUUUUCAUGCGGAUGAAAUUGCCGGGAUACUUGAUGGGUUAGUGCCUUGUGUGAUAUAUGCAAGCACAAAAUGGAUUUGCUUCUCUUCAUGAAGAGCUUAAAAACAAGCAAUCUAUAAAAAAAAAAAAAUACUGUCCACCACAAGAAGACACAAGAAAGGUCUAGUUAUGCGAAUCAGCAAGUGCAAGAAGUGCUUCCAACUGUCUCCUUUCAUUAAUAAAAACCGUCAUUACCCGUGGUUGGUGUAUUUUUAAAACGGGGUUUUAUCACUUGUCUAUUUCUAUCUUUAAAAAAGAAAGUUACUGAACUGUUACUUAGCUUUAGGUAUGAAUUUGUAUCUUGAAACAAUUCACUAUAAAAUGUAAAACUGGUAUUUUUCCCCUCUGCAUUUUUUCCCUUAACCUGACUGAGGUAUUGGACAGACGUUUUACAAUUCCUGAUUUUAAAGUGUGCAGCACUCUCUGGCCUUUUUUCUGUGGCCUGCCCCAUACCAAGUUUAUACCUGGAGAGAAGUCUUUUGGUGAUACUUUACUAUCAAACACACUGUGUCUAGUGAAGUUAUUUCUAAGGCACCUGUUGCCUUGAUAUUCAUGGCAACGCAUUAACAAAUCCAGAUGUACACUGGAUACAACACUGUGAGUGCAUUUCUUUUUGGAACAGUGUAUGAAAGGAGUCAAAUUAAACAUGUUUUCUACUAAA